GGUCCAGAUUCUAAACUAGGGGAGGCUGGUAACGCGAGAAAGGGGUGUGUUUCAUGUUGUUGUAUUAAAUAAUUUUAAAGAAAAACAACGGUUUUGGACAAAUUUGACUCGUGCGAUGAUUCAAUAAUUUUAAUUAAUGUGUGAACUCAUAACGACUGUUAGGUGGAAAAAAUAAAUUAUUGCAAUGAAUCUCUCCAUAACUCGAUUAAUUUUUUCAACUAAACAUUUUUUAAGGACUUGUUGCUGAAAUAUAAUUUUAAAAAUGUCUUGGGAAUCUCUCAACUCACAUCAUGAUUAUCUAAGUAACUUCAAUAUUGGGCACCAGCUUUCGGCUACUAGACUUCUUUCGUCUCCAGAUGGCUCUCGUCAUCCCCUCGAUGGCCUUGAACAAGUAUGGCCUUGGACCAAUUCUUACUCCAGUCUUCAUAGAGAUAAUUACACAGAAGUAAGAACCCCGCGUCCACCAAGAUUCACUUGGGGAUGCUUUCAAGCUUGUAGAGCUAAAAUUCAUCAUAGUUUUGCUAAAAGAAAGGUAGACCAGGGUCUUCGAUUAUACAAUCAACAUAAGCAACAACAAGCAGUUAGAAAAUGGAAAUCAGCUCUCAAGGCCAUUCAAAAACGGGAGGAUAAAUUCAAUUUACUUGGAUACCUUUAUCUAGCUUACAUGGAUUGGGGCAAAUACAGAGAUGCCUUAGAAUAUGCACAUAGACAACUUUUCAUAUCUGAAGAGUUAGAUAGUCCAAAUAUGAGAGCAGAGUCUUAUCUAAACCUAGCAAAAGCACAUCAACGUUUAGGAGGAUUGGAAAGGGCAUUAGCUUACGCACGUCAUUCUUUGUAUAAUGAAUGCGAACAACACGCGACUACAGGUCAUGUGCAUCUUACUGUGGGAUCCGUCUAUUUGGAAUUAGCUGGAUUCAAUAAAGCUCUCGAUAGUUUCCAACACGCACACAGAAUUGCUCAAUCUGUUCACGACCCAGCUUUAGAAUUACAAGUAUACUUAGGGCUUUCAGAACUGUUCAACAGACUUCAAGACGUUGACAAAAGCGCUAGAUAUGCCUCUAAAGCUUACGAUCUCUCUCGGUCCCUACAAUUGGGAGAUUUAAAUUCAAGACAUCACAGGGCUGCCCUUCUUCAAAUGGCUUCAGCACUUAGAAAGCAAGGAGAAUUAGGAGACGCACAUGAUUAUUGUUCGGAGGCAACGAGAUUAGCUUUAGUUUCUGGAGACCAAGCAACAUAUGCCAGAAGUAUAAGAAUUAUGGGUGACAUUUAUAGAAAAAAGUCUGAUAUUAACAAAGCUUUUCGUCAAUAUGAAACAGCCAUGGGCUCGGCAGCUGCUAUGGGAGAUAGAGUCAUCCAAAUGGAAUCUAUGGAUGGUGCAGCAAGGUGUCUCGAAGCUCUAAGACUUCAACAUAAGAUUUGUAAUUGCAGACCGUUAGAAUUUAAUACUAGGUUAUUGGAAGUAGCUAGUUCAGUCGGUGCUAAACUCCUAGUAAGGAAAAUUCGAAUACGACUGUCUCGUAUUUACCAUGCCUUAGGAGAUGAGGACCAAAAACUUCAUCACGAACGCCUUGCUCUUAGAAUUCAAGAGGAUUUAGAUCUCCAAUGUGGUGGAUGUGGCUCACCCUAUGGUCUAGAAGGUGAUUCUCUUGAAGCCCUGCCUUGUGCCCAUAUCCUACACGCAAGAUGUGCCUACGAACUGUUCAAAAGGAAUAAGAAGAAGAAAAGGUCUUGCCCAGAUUGUGACCGUACUAGCUCUAGACUAUACCUGAACUGUAAUGAUUACAAUAACAUGACGUACAGUCCAAUUCCACUGUCCAUUUGUUCUUCCGACAGUCACUGUACAUCACAUCAAGCCAUCAGUUCUGUCUAAAAAUUUGUAUUUUAAGAACAAUCACAGUUUUUCAUAUUAAAAUAAAAGAAACAAUCAGAAUCUACUCACUUGAAACAACGUACGGUCAUUUGAAAUAAUGAAAUGUUGUGUCCAAAUAAACGAAAGUGAAAAUUUCGAUGUCAACUAAAAUAUAUCCGUAUAAAAAAUAUUAAAAAUUUUAUUAAUAAAUGGCAAAAUAAUAAAUGUAACUCCAGUUUACUAAAUUAUUUUAGGAGUUCCUGAUUAUUGAAGUUUCAAUUCAAACAAACAGUGUUGAAAUGAUAUGACUAGUCAACACCAGCACUUCUUUCAUUCAUUAAUUUGAUUUGUAUAUGAAAAUAAAUAAAUAAAAUCGAUUUAAAUCAUCAUUUGUCUUCAAAUGUUCAUUUAAUCAUUACAGUAAACAUUUUUAUAUUGUAGUAAUUCCAACCUGUCUUUCGAUUUCGACACAAUUGACCAAAAAAUUAGUAAAAUAACUGAUAUUUAAUUUUGAUUUUAUUUUAAAUAGAAUACUGUUCAUGAGUCCACGAAAAAGAUUCAAUAACUGUAACAAAAAAUUUGAUGACUAAAUUUUUGUUUUUGAUGGAAGGUAAGGUUGCAAAAUACCUUUGACCUGGAGUACUUCAGAUCUAAAAAAAAACACUAAAAAUUAUUUCUUAUAGUAAUAAUUCAUUAAGAAGCAUAUUUCUAAACUGAUUUUCGAGAAUUGAUUCACUCGACGCAAACUUUCUUUUAUGCUUUCUAUAAAAUGCAAAAGGGUUGUAACCACAACAGUAAAGUAAGUUUGAAACUCAUUAUUAAACUGAUAAUAGCUCAUCCAGCAUCAAUUUAUUAUUCUAAUUAAUUUAGGAAGUGUCUGAUCAAGUAUCGUGGUUUUCAUUUUAAAAUCUCCUAUGUGUUUCGAGUAAAUCGCCAAAAACGAAUUGGGAACCUAUCCAUAAAAAACCAUGAAUGGUUAAAGGAACAAUACAAAAUACAUUUUGCACUAAUGUCUACGUAAUCUUUUGUCGAUAUCGACGACAAACACACACAAAUAAAUAAUAUUAUUUUAAUUCAUUUUUUGUCCGACUUAAAUAUAAGAACGUCCUAAGAAGCACGAUGAGGUCCUUCGAUAAUGGACUUAUCUUGAAGGUGUUCAUAUUUAGAUUUAUUUAUCACCAAAGAAUGUUUAUAUAAUGUUAUAUAUAAUUUAUCUUCGCAUUAUUAUUCUCGUUAAAAUUCCUCCUUUCCAGAUAUAGCUGCUCGAUUAAUAUUUAUUAGACUUAUAGUAGAGGCUAGUUAUUUCUUUUACUACCUGAGGGAUGCGAAUCCGUCAUUUGUGGAUUAGAAUCGUAGGUAGACUAUUAAUUUCUCCCAUUUCUUUUUUGUAGAAAGAUAUCCCUCAUUUUGACGCACUCGAUGACUGUUUUUAUCUAAUACUUUGCGCCGUUUUCUUAUGCCUCUCGUCGUAACUAACCCUUUAAUAAAAGCUCGUUUUUCUUACCAAGUUUGAAUUUUCCAAAAUUGCGAAAGUCGCUUUUAUUUGUCAGCUAUUCAAUAUUCUCUCGUGUACUGAAACCAAUUACUUGUUUCUCAGCACCUCCAUCUGCUUCACAUUCAUUAAACUUCUAAUAAAUAGGUUAAAUCUGAUUCCAGUUUGUCACUUGUUUGUUUUCUUGUUUGCUGAGCAAGAGAUAGAGAUGAUGGCGUAGUUAUAUAUGAAGUAACAGCUGACAACAUAUAACAAAUGUGAUGACUUCUGCGGAAACGCAGAAGAUAAUAAAAACUGUAUUUCUUUUAAUAAUUCAUUCUUUGUUCUAACGUUGCUUGAUAAUCGUAUAUUGUAAUUGUAAUUUUUGUUUUUAAAAACCCAAAUUUGAAGUUUUAAUAUAUAAUUGGCGCAGUCAGUAGGAUACGCACCGGUUUCGGAAGUAAACAGUUUCGCAUUGUGCCGGAAGUGAAAUUCGGGACCUUGGAGUUUCUACACCUCAAGAGCGUAUUACGAACUUAUAAACUUUGAAAGUUAUGGCAACAGGAGCAGGGAAUCAAGAAAAAGGAGCAGGAAAGCAGAGCGCUCGAAUUGCCGAACAAUCUGUAAGUGCCUUUUCCUUUUUACCGUUCCAAAACCCUCUGUAUAAGGAUUUUGGUAAAGAUAGUUAAAUUUUGUUCAUUACGAAUAAAUUGCUUAUUAUAAACAUUAAUUUUAAAUUAUUUUCAUGAGAAAUAUUGAUGAAAUAAUUAACGGAAUUUCAAAUAUAGGAUUAGAUAACAAGAAUAAUAUUAACACUCAACGGAAUAUUAAUAAAAAAUUCACUAAUUCUAUCAAAUCAAUAAAUUCAACUUCAAAUAUGCCUGAGAUGAACUGGGAUCUUUUAAAGUCUGGAAUUGAUAACAUUAAACCGUACGACGGUAACAGUAACACGUUAAAUAAAUUUCUAAUUAGGUGUGAACACCUUAUUAAUGAUUAUCGACAAUUUAAUGAUUCACAAUUAUUUAAACACAUAUUCCAAUCAGUUCAAGAAAACCUUAUAGAUAAAGUCGAAAUAUUAGUAGGUAAUCGUGCUGAGUUAACAGAUUGGCCGAGAUUGAAAGAAGCCCUGAUUCUGUGUUUCGCUGAUCGUAGAAAUAUCGAUUGUUUAGUACAAGAACUCACUAGAAUAAAACCAUUUAGGAACGAACCAACUUUGGAAGUCGAAUUCAAUUAUUAAGAAGUAGUAUAGCGCAGAAAACAUAACUAACGCAGAGAAGUGUGCCAAAUAAACCAUUAUGAUAAAACUGCACUUAGUACUUUUAUAGCGGGUUGUAGUGGUACCUCAAGAAAUAACUUGCAUCUUAAAAAUCCAGCCUCACUGGAAGAUGCAAUGGCCUAUGUGAAUGAAUUUGAAAACUUUGAAAAAUUAUAUGGCAAUCUAAAUGACAAUAACCGAGCAACGACGUCCAGAUUUAAUAGUAAUUAUCGAUAACCUUAUUCACAACCAAGAUACUAUCCUGAAAACCAAACACAACCCUAUCAUUCCGUUGAGAAUAAUAAACCAGUUAAUCAAUUCCCCAGUCAACCUAUUAAUAUCCAACCUAGACAAAUGCCCCCCAGACAAUAUUCGGACCUCCACAAAACGUUUUCAGACCAAACCAAAAACUCAUGCACCAACUUCCUAAACCAACACCUAUGUCAACGACUUCAAGAAAUUCUUCCACAUUAUCACAAAGACAAAGAUGGCCAAACAAUAACAAUUAUAAUCGAAAUCAACAAUUUCGAAAUUCUGUACAGAAUUCAAAUGUUACUGCCGAAGAGCCAUUCACAAACGACUACGACCAAUCAGACGAACAACAUUACUAUCAGAAUAAGAAUACAGAAUAAUGACCAAAAUCAAACGUACUAUAACUAUGACAAGACAGAAAAUGAAAAUUUUAUCCAAACGAGCCAACAACCAGGAACACCUUAGAAGAAAUUAACAUUUCAACAGAAAACGCAUUACCUUACAUAGAAAUUAAUAAUCCCAAAUUAAAAUUAUUUAUAGAUACCGGUAGUUCACGUUCAAUUAUUAAACCUGAUAUUAUAGAAAAAACUUAUCCAAAUUCCGUUAAUCGAAUUAAUGCACAAAUUAAGACAGCCUUGGGUAGUCAAGAUAUUGUAUAUCAAUCAACACUUAGAGCAUUUCCUGAAUUUCAAAAUCCAAACUAUUUCAACUCCUUUCUAUUAUUUGAUUUCCACGAAUAUUUUGAUGGUAUUAUAGGACUAAAUGAUUUAAGAAAUAUCAACUUUAAUAUUGAUCUUAUAAAUAACAAAUUAAUAGGACCAAAUAUUGAGAUACCUCUCAGAUAUACACGAAAGGUAAACUGAAAUAUAUUAUUCUCAAUAGAGCCACAACAAAAAAUUCUAAAGAAGUUACCUGUUUUUAUUUUUAAUAGAGAAAUAUUGAUAAAUGAAGGUAAAAUAGGACCAUUGUAUAUACCGCAAAUUUUGACUGAUGCCAGAAACGGAUUUGCUCUUGUAGAAAUCCAAAACAAAACAUAUCAAAUAAUUUCAGUUAAUCUUGAAGAACCUUUAGAGGUAGAGUCAUUUGAAAAAUCAAGUUAUGAUACUUUUAAUAUUAAUUCGUUUCUCAAUUCAAAUAAUGAAUAAUAAAUCAAAAAAAAAUAUCGAUAUAUCACAAUUAAUUAGGACAAACCACAUAAACGCGGAAGAAAAAACUGAAAUCUUAAAACUUAUUAAAAAAUUUUCAGAAUCUUCUUUAAAUCGGGUGAUAAAUUAUCCUUCACGACAAGAAGAAAACAAAAAAUUAAAACGACC